AUGGCAUAUCCACGAUGCUUUGGUGACAAAGGCGAUGUGGAGGACAUCACAGAAGUAUCAUCUACCCUACUGUCGGCUGACAUUGCUUGCUCCCCAGCGGACAUCAUUUCAACCGUUGAGUUUGACCACACUGGCAACUACCUAGCAACGGGUGACAAGGGAGGACGAGUGGUGUUAUUUGAGAGAAAUGAAACGAAAAAAACUUGCGAGUACAAAUUUCAUACCGAAUUCCAGUCGCACGAGCCGGAGUUCGACUAUCUCAAAUCCCUGGAGAUCGAAGAGAAAAUCAACAAAAUCAAGUGGUGCAGACGGCAAAAUGCGUCCCACUUUCUCCUCUCAACUAACGAUAAAACGAUAAAACUCUGGAAGGUGUUUGACAAGUCAUUGAAGGUUGUUGCAGAAAAUAACCUCUCGAGCGAGCUGACCCCUGCGGGUGUCGGUGGUGGAGGGGCUCCCCGUGCGCCCCGCAUAGCAUUCAAGGAUCCGUCGAUGUUGAAGCUCCCACGGAUGACGCAUCAUGAUACUGUCGUGGCGGCCGUACCUCGGAGGACAUACGCCAACGCGCAUGCGUACCACAUCAACAGCAUUUCCGUUAAUAGCGACGGGGAAACAUUCAUAAGCAGCGACGACCUCCGGAUUAACCUCUGGAACCUGAAUAUCCAGGAUCAGAGCUUCAACAUUGUGGACAUCAAACCCGCAAACAUGGAAGAGCUUACGGAAGUCAUCACGGCAGCUGAGUUCCACCCACAAAGUUGCAACUGGUUCAUGUAUGCCAGUUCAAAGGGCACAAUCAAGCUUGCCGAUAUGCGGCAGCGAGCAUUGUGCGAUGAGCACUCAAAGCUCUUUGAGCAAGAAGAGGAUGCGUCUUCCCGAUCCUUCUUUUCCGAGAUUAUAUCGUCGAUUUCCGACGUGCGAUUCUCACACGACGGUCGCUACAUCGUGUCGAGAGAUUACCUAACCGUCAAGAUUUGGGAUGUCAACAUGGAGAAGCAGCCGGUGAAGACGAUCCCCAUUCAUGAGCACUUGCGACCGCGCUUGUGUGACACCUACGAGAACGAUAGCAUCUUCGAUAAAUUCGAAGUCGUUUUCUCUGGUAACGCCGAAAAUGUGAUGACAGGAAGUUACAACAACAACUUCAUGAUCUACCCCACCGACGCCAGCAAGGAGACGGAGAUAGUACUGCAGGCGGACAAGUCUGCUUUCAAGGCGAAGAAGGUUGGCGUCCCCACGCCGAUGAACAAGGGUGCCAACGGCAAGAAGAAUGGUUCCAGAGCUGGCAGCCCUGCUGGUCCUGGUGGAAGAAUGAAGAAGGAGACGGAUGCCGACCAGAUCGACUUUAAUAAGAAGAUUCUGCACAUGAGCUGGCAUCCUUAUGAGGAUAGUAUUGCAAUUGCUGCUACGAAUAACCUGUUUGUCUUUUCUGCAUUGUAG